GCGAUCCCGGAAAAUCCCGACUGACGCGAUAGAGCCACACUGAAAAAUGAUUUUCCAAGUUUCGUCGGAGUGAUUCCUUUUUCGUUUUCACGAUAGGUGGAUCUUCGUUUUAGUUUUUCUUGGUAGAACGAGGACAGCGAGUACCUCUAUUUACACAAAAUGUUUGAAGCGCACCACCGCGGGAUGCACCGCGUUGAGGUACUGGCCGCACAAACUCUACCGAAUUUCGGAAUCUCUUGUGCAGCAGCAAGCGGCACGAACGGCAAGCAAUUAUGGCUUUCUGGAUUAUAAUAGAAGAGGAAAACUGAAAAUAAGCGAGUAGCCAACUAAAGUAAAAGGGUUCACGAGAGCGCUGCUCUUUCGGUAUCUCUGUAUUCUAAUUCUAAGUAGUUACUUGGUCAUUUUAGUUUUUGCAGGUGCCGGCGGGGCUCGAUUUGCAGGGUUCAUAACUUAACCAACCCUAGCCAGGUGUUCGAAUAAUUAUUCAAAAUUUAACAAUUGAUAGCGAGAUAUCUUUUGUUUCGAGUGAGAUACAACUUGCACUACGCAUCACUAGGCCAGUAGCUCUGGCAAAGCAUUUUCUGUCGCUGCAUCUCCUUGCUACGGAUUGCUGUGUCGAGUAAAAAUUGAUGGAAGCCUUUUUUGAGCUGCAUGGAAGUUUCCAUUUUCUAACUUGAGCCCCACCCUCGAUUAUCAAGGCGGUCGUUUGUGGCGCAGCAGGUGGCAUUGGCCAAACGCUGUCUCUUUUGUUAAGGAAGCCUGCCAGACUGUAUUCUGCUAUACAUGGUCCAACUAGUAUUUUUCUUGGCUAGUUGUACUUUUUCUUGGCUAGUAGCAGGAGGCUUCUGCAAGCAUACCACCACCCAUCAGGGCUGAUGCAAGAAUAAGGAACACAAUUAGUGUCCCCAAAUUCUACAUCCUACCCACUCUAAUUUUGCUCAAGUUAGAGCCUUGCAUAGACGAGUUGGCCUUGUAUGACGUAGCUCCCGUGGUCAAGGGCGUUGCAGUCGACAUCUCGCAUGUCAAUUCCUCAUGCAAAGUAGUAGGCGGAUUUACGAAAGAAGGUACUGUAGUUUAUAUCUCAGCUCGUGAGUUGUAUGAGAAACACUUUGAAGAAGAGGAACAGGGAAAUGAUUUUUUUCGGAAUUUUAGGUCUCCACACCGCUCUUUCUGGUGCAAAUAUUGUGGUAGUGCCUGCUGGCGUACCAAGAAAACCCGGGAUGACACGAGACGACUUAUUCAAUUACGGAACAAGCUGCGAGAUAUUUUUUGUCUAACCCGGGAUAACUAGGAGAUCUAUCUACACCCCUCUUUGUCUAACGCAUCAGUCCUCUCACAGUCGGCGCAUCUGAAAAUAAGUGACGACCUAUAGCGAACUGACUGCAGAUGAAAGUCUAAGUGAAACAAUGUCAGCUAUUGUUCUCGAGAAGUAAAUUGUUUUUGGCUCUUCAGUAGCCAACCAUGUCUGUCGCUCUUUAUUGGGCAGACAAAUACGUAACCUAACCUCUAAAGUAUAUUUUUUCUAAUUUCAUUCUUAAGUACAUUUUUUUCUUAUUACAUAUAGCUCUUUUUUCUGAUUAUAGCUGCGUCUAAGGUAGGGUGAAUGCCGGAAUCAAUGCAGACCUUGCGGUAGCCUGUGCAAAGUCGUGCCCUAACGCGAUGUUCCUCAUCAUCAGUAACCCAGUGAACAGCAUGGUGCCCAUAUGGAAAGGAGUGCUGGAGAAGUGCGGUAUCCAGUUUUUGUAUGCGGUAAAGUUUAAAAGUUUAAUGUGGUUUCUGUAUGUGUUUCUUGCGUGUAGUCUCGUAGCAUUUUCUUGCAUGGUGGUGCCGAAGAUGUUGGGCUUUGGAGCUUACGUUGGUUGAUGACUUUGGAAUAUGUCACUUUUGAAUGAAAAUUGUCGCGGUCAGGUUGUUACGACAAGCGGAAGCUUUUUGGUGUAACGACAUUGGAUAUUACACGGGCAACCACUUUCCUAUCUGAAAAGUUGGGUCUUCCACCGCUGAAAGUGCAUGUGCCCUGUGUAGGCGGACACGCGGGAACAACGAUUUUGCCGCUGCUAGCAAGGAGCACCUACUUAUGACUUGCAGUGGAGGUCGUGACGCCGUGUUCAUGAUGUCACUCCGCCUGUUGCUUCAGUAGUUAAUGAAUCAAAGGAAAAUAUUACUCAUUUCACGAGGAGAGAACAUGGCCGGGGACAACUAGAGAAGCCGAGAGAACAAGCGGCCGAGUCUCUAACUUCAUGCCCAUGGUGUCAGGAUUGCUUUUCACUAGUUUUUUACUCACACUAAAAGCGAUAGCGACGACGAGGAUUUACUAUCACAGCUCCAUGAGUAAACGAACUCCAUUUGCGGACUAUCUGCCACGAAAUACAAGUGCUCCCUAUAAUCUUGAUCGCUUGAGGCACUAAAGUAGAACAGCCUGUUAGCUUUCCCUGCUCUAUCCUUAGGCCUAUCCCUUCAAACAUCAGAGAAAUUCGUCGAACACCAGAAGAGGCCCAGGGAAGUCGUAGGUCCAAUCCAAGCCGACUAUCAUCGUCAUUCCUUCAGGCCACCUCUCUGCAUCUCCAACACCUCCAAGAAUUUCCUCUCUUUCAUCUUUGAUUUCCGAUGGCAAGUUGGACCAAAAAACCGUAGAAGCUUUGCGAACCCGUAUCCAGUUUGGCGGAGACGAAGUAGUCAAGGCCAAAGAUGGCGCUGGCAGUGCGACUUUGUCCAUGGCAUACGCUGGUGCAGGUUUUACAGCUGCUAUAGCGAAAGCGAUGCGAGAAGGGAAAGGAGAUUUAUGGAACAAAAGUGUCUCAAAAUAGCGUCUUGAUGAUAGGAUUCGUCGUAUAAUAAAACUAAGGAUCAUCACAUUGAGGUUUAUGUCAACAUGAAUCCUGUCCUCCUUGAUCUUCGGCUUAUAACACUAUACCAAGAAUCACGACAAGGUUUCUUAUUUCAACGUCUUCAAUCAGGUCCUCCUCCUCGUCCACCUUUUCUCUCUUAUCUAGCAUAAUUCUGUCCAAGUACGACUACGCAGAUGUUGCGUUUGAAAAUCAGAUUCAACGUGCCAUUGACAACCACGUCUUGAUGCUUUUUUCUUCCACCAUUUAAAUCCUUCUAACAAGCGAAAGUGUCAUUCGCACUUGCGCUUUCGUGGAUAGCGAGGUUGUGCCAGGUUGCGGAUUCUUGGCCACUGAGAUUCUGAUCGGCAAGAAUGGGGUCACGGAGAUAAUUUCGCCCUUCGACAUUAUGUCAGAUGAUGAACGCGCUGCAUUCGACAGAAUGAUGCCAGAUCUGAAGUCGCAAGUCCAAAAGGGGUUCGACUUUGCGAAGGAAUAUCAAGUGAAGUCGUCCUAG